AACUUUUACCGUAUACGUAGUGCUUUCUCAUACGGUGCCCGUAAACUGGCACGGAUAAUCUGCCAGCCUGUAAAUUCUAUCACCAACGAGCUUCAUUUGUUCUUCUCAAACACUUUAGGAAGGCACGGAGGCUCAUACAGACCCGAAAUUGACUUUCUUGACAUCUCUACUCGAAAUUUUCGUCAAGAUAUACCAAAACAGACUGAACAAACCUCAAACAUAAAUAUAUCUGAAAAUGCACUCGGCUUCCCUUACCAUGCGCCUCACUUGUAUUUUCCUAAGAAGGAUCAAAAUCCAGACGAGCCUUAUAAACAUGAAAAGAAAUAUAUUUAUCCUUCGAAACCCGACGAAAAUCGGGCUCCUGAAUCAAAUGAGGGCUCGUCUGAUGAUCUCAGCGGGGAUUUCGAGGGUUACAUGCGCUGCCUUAAUUACGGCAAGUGGUGGUAUGAGCAGGGCUUAAAUGUCGUGCGUUCUUUGCCUCUGCCUCCUUUGUCGGGCCCUCCUUUUCCGAGUAAUGGCCCGUUAUCGCACUUUAGGCCAAAUGGAUUUUCCUAUGGGCAUCAUCCUAAUGGGCUCCACCUUGGCCCAGGCCCAGCUAUGUACAACGUGCAACCCGUAAUUUUACCGAACGUUACAUUUGGGUGGGAUGAAGUGCCUAAACCAAGAGGGACGGGGACUUAUUUUCCUAACACGAAUCAACUCCCUCAGCCUCAAGCCUAUAGCCAUAGGCCUUCAACAGCUAUGAUCAGUAGGAACCAAAACCAGAAUCAACUCGCUCAAUGUUAUAAGCCAAUUCGUAACAAUGAGCCGAACAUGAUAUUUACAGAGCCGAAUAUGUUAGAAGGGAGCAGCCAUGAAGUAUCAUCACAAUAUUCUUCUCGUCCCAAUUCAAAUAACAGCUUGUCCGAACCUAUGAUU